AUGGAGGCGAAGCAGCAGCAGGCAUAUCAUCCGCCAAUGUCCAACGGCUACAACCGGGCCGACGAGGAGGCAGCCGCAGCUCUUUCGGACGAAGAGCUCCGCCGCCAGAAGCGGAAGAAGUGGAUACUGUAUAUCAUAGCCUUUGUGAUCUUUCAGACGGCUGUUAUUGCCUUGUUUUCCAUGACGGUGAUGAAAUUCAGGACCCCCAAGUUCCGAGUCCUCCCCGCCACAUUCGGGGAUAAUUUCCAAACAUCAAAUUCUUCGAUCAAUCUGACGAUGUAUGCCACACUCGGCGUGAAGAACACCAACUUCGGCCCUUACAAGUUCGACAACACCACCAUCUUCUUCUACGACUACCAAAACACCACAGUGGGCAGCGCCGCCGUCCGGAAGUCCAAGGCCAAUUUCCGAUCGACCAAGAAGCUGGACGUCGCCGGACAUUUGGUCAUGCCGGCCAACAGUGAUUCGGGCUCAGGGAUCCUGCCUCUGACCGCCAAGGCGGAGAUGAAAGGGAAGGUGACGAUCAUGUUCAUGUUCAAGAAGAAGAAAUCCACAAAGUUGGAUUGCUCCAUGGAAGUCAACACCAAUACAAAGGCGGUGCAGAACGUGAAAUGCAACUGA